AUGGCCCCUAAUAUCCCUGAGAAGUAUGACCUCGUCACCCUUCUCGCUCGCAUCGAUCAGGCCACAAUGAACACGAUAACCGCCACCGAGAAGGAAGCCCCUACCAACCCGACCGUGGAUAGCGGCGGUGAGGUUGAAAAUCCCUCGCGCCCGAAGGGUGUGAGGUUCGCUGUUCUUUUCCUUUCAAUUGUCGCUGGAGAUUUCUUUGUUGGAUAUGACUCAAGUUGCGUGGCGACACUCACUUCUGUGAUUUCAGACGAAUUCGGCAGCCUGAAUCAGAUAGGGUGGUAUGGAACUUCAUAUCUGCUAGCGUUUUGCUCCACUGUCCUCAUCUAUGGCCAGAUAUAUUCUUUUUACUCUAUGAAGCUUGCCUAUAUGGUAUCCUUCUUCGUUUUCGUCAUUGGCUCUACAGUAGCUGCAUCGGCGCCUAAUUCAACAGCAUUCAUAGUCGGACGUGCCUUGAGUGGUUUAGGAUCAGCUGGCGUCUUUGCUGGUAGCAGCAUUAUUGUCGCUAACACGACCUCGCUUAAACAUCGACCGAUUUACACUGCUGUGUCGGGCGGUAUUGAGUGUAUUGCACUAGCAUUCGGCCCAGUAAUCAGUGGUGCAGUGGCUCGAUACUCGGAAUGGAGAAUCAGCUUCUAUAUCAUAAUUCCUGUGGGUGUUGCGGUCAUUCUAUCCGUGCUCUUUUUUGUCCAAAAUAUACAACGCCCGGAGCAUGUCGAUCUACCAAACAAGGAGAAGCUGAAAAAGCUAGAUAUUGUGGGAUUCAUAAUCUUUGUCCCGUUGGCAAUUUCUAUCAUCCUUGCUUUGGAAUGGGCGGGAACAGAAUAUACAUGGGAUAACUGGAGAAUCAUCCUUCUUUGGGUCCUAGCUGGAGUUCUAUUACUGGUAUUCCUUGCGGUCGAAUCCCGAAGUGGAGAGGAUAGCAUGUUCCCUUUGAAACUUAUGUGUCAGCGGUCGGUCGCCCUUGGCGCUAUGUUCACUUUUUGUAACUCCGCGGCCCUUUUUGUGACCGCCUAUUAUCUGCCUAUUUAUUUCCAAGCAAUCCGAAACGCCACUACCUUUGAAUCAGGUCUUAUGUACCUCCCUACUGCGGUCCCCUUCGCUCUCGCCAUUCUUGCUGCAGGACCUUUAACCACAGCAAUCGGUUAUUAUACUCCUAUAAUGGUCCUAGGUAGUGUUCUUAUGGCCAUCGCCACAGGCCUCUACACCACGUUUUCCCCGACUACUCCACCUACCGAGUGGGUCUCAUAUCAAAUCCUAUAUGGGAUCGGCGUUGGCCUAGCAUUCCAACAGCCCUACACUGCUGUGCAAACAGUCCUUCCAGAUUCUGCAGUCGCCACUGCACUAGUAGUUCUUAGUUUCACUCAAGAGCUUGGUGGAAUCGUGGCUCUUUCGAUCGCGCAGAACAUGUUCACGAAUCGACUGACACGCAAUCUGACCAAGCAAGUGCCGGGUCUAGACCCAAAAACAGUCUUGGAUAAUGGUGCUCUGGGGAUCAACAACAUUAUCCCUGAUGAAUAUGCAAUAGGUGUGAGAACUGCAUACAAUGAUGCUAUCGUUGAUGUCUAUUAUCUGGCACUGUCCUUGACUUGCUUGACCAUUGUUGGGGCAGUUUUCAUUGAAUGGAGGUCCGUCAAAGAAGAGCAGGUGGAGGAUGACAAGAAACGAAAGGAUCCAGUAAGAAAAGGACAUGAGCAGACUCAAGAAGGGCUUGCUUUAAAGGAUCAAUUAGCCACCUAA